CAAAAAGAGUUCAAUAGAUUUUAAUGUGAAAAUUUGGCUGAAGUUGCUGACCCUUACCUCAUAAUCAUUAACAAGAGUCAUGGGCUAUUCUUGAGUCAUCACUUUUAUGUACACUACAGUGAGGAUUCUUGAUAUGACAAUUCUUUUGGUCUUCACGAAAAACAAAGAAAAGAAAAGAUGGAAGGCUUUACUUUUUUUGUGCACUUAAUUCCUCAAACAAUUUAAGUUGAUUUGAUGAGAGAAACUUUUCUUACCCAAAAAUCACUUUAGAAGUACCCAAGAAAAAUGCAGUUAUUGUUUUGUCUGAAUGUGUAUUUUUAGAUAACACAAAUUUUUUGUCCGAAUGUGUAUUUUUAGAAUUAUAUGUGAUGGUUUAAAGUUUCACGGGAUGGACUACUUUUGAGUUCAAUUAUACGUUAAGAAAAUUAUAAUUUUGUCCUCACCACACUUUGGUCCGUGAGCUGAGCAGGGUACUAUAUAAUUGAUAUUUAUUAUAAAGGUCAAUAUUUGACCAUUAACUUGCAACUAGCUGCCUCAAACAAGAGACAUUUUCCCUUGAAAAUCUAUGCAUCACAUUCCAAUUGUUGGUACAUGUCAAAACCUACCCCCCCUUAAUUCACUUUUAUAUGCCAAAAAUUCUACCUUAGUUCUGUAUCCCAAAUGUAGUAUACCAAAUCUGUAGUAAGGAAAGAAGUUUCCAUGGAAAGGAAAAAGUUAGAAAGUGAGGCAAGUCAUGUUGAGAACUCAACUGAGCUCAAAGUUCCAGUAAUAUACUACCUUUGUAGAAAUGGUCAGCUUGAACAUCCACAUCUCAUGCAUGUUUCAAUUUCUUCUCCACAUGGAACACUAUGUCUUAGAGAUGUGAUAAAUAGAUUGAGUUUUCUCCGAGGAGAAGGAAUUGCUAACAUGUAUUCUUGGUCUACCAAAAGGCGUUACAGAAACGGGUUUGUGUGGCAAGAUUUAUCCGAGAAUGAUUUGAUUUACCCGAGUAACAGCAACGAAUAUGUCCUCAAAGGAACACAACUCAUAGAACCUUCUUCAUGUUUUCGAUCCUAUGAAACAAUAUCAAUGCCAAGCUCCAAAAAUUCCAAUGAAACAAAUAGCUCUAGCAUGGAUGCAGACUCCCCUUCCACAAUGAAGUGUUCGCGCCACGAUUACAAGCUUUACAAGGCAAUGACAUGCAGGGAGUUCGCUGCGAAAGCAGCUGACGCUUCGACUCAGACAGAGGAAAAGGGUAGGCAAAGAAUGGAAAUGGAGCAAGCUGAAGGGUUAGAAGGAAAUGCUACAAGAAAGUUUAGUGAGACUGAGAAUGGAAGGUCUUUGUCAUUGGAGUAUUAUGGAUCAGCAGAUAUCAGAAACCAAAAGAUAGAGAAUGAACGUCCAAGUGGGAGGAUGAGAGCAACAGAAGUUUUGAUGCAGUUUGUUAUGUGUAGAAUUGGGAGUACUAGAGAGGAUUUGUGACUCAGUUCUGAAAUUGGUUGAAAUUUAAGAAUUAGGUUAAUGAGCUUCAAGAACUAGGAGCGGAAGGACCAUUGACUGGAUAGAAUGCUAAGAAGCUAAAAGAACAAUUAGAGAAACAAAUUGUUAAUUUUCUUAGUCUUAAGACCUCUGAAAAGAUUGAUCCACAUUAUAUUAAUCUUUUGGUCAUAGAAAUAUCUUAAGACUUAAUUUUAAUUUUGGGAUGUAAUAGUCAUACCUUAUAAUUAGGAAUUAUGUUGACUUGUGUGUGUGCCUAAAUAUUUGGUAGUUUGGACACAGUGUCAUUAGUUGUGUGUAGCCUAAGUAUCAUGUUAUUUUGUGUUAGGCUAUAUAUGUUUUUUAUUGUAAUACAUAGAGAGACUUUUUUAAAAGAAGAAAACACUUA